UAGGAGUAACAUUUUUUGCUCUCCACACAGAUCUCAGUUCUCCUGUAGGGAUUCACUUCAGGAAAGGGUAAUUGUGUUUCAUUGUGCCUGUGCGAUUGUACGCAGAAGAUUCCCCCAUCCGCCUAUCUCUUUGUCCUAUAGCCAUCCUGAACUGUUAACUCCGACUUUCAAUCCCUCCACGCGCGCGGGGCGCCCGAUCUCCUUCACCUAGCUAUCUAAGGGUUCAAAAUUUGCGGUCAUGUCUGAUGAACAGAAGGGUGCUGCAGCACCUGUCUCCGCCAAUGUCGAUGCUGAGAAGGAUGUGCAGAAUGUUUUGGCUGAGCUGAAGGCCGAAGAAGCUGUGAAGUCUUCUGAACAGGAACCGGCUGAGACAAAGGACGAGAAGCCUGCGGAGCAGCCCGUGGAGGAUCCCGAGGAAGCUCGAAUUGUCGCCGAGGCUGCCAAACUUGGGAAGGAAUCGGAGAAGACAGAGACAAAGUCAGCUUCUGAGACGCAACGCGAUUCCCGCGGUGGGCGUUCCAACCGUCAAAACAACAGCAAAUUUGAUCCUUCGACUCUAAAGGAGACAGAUGACCCGGUGGAAAUCCGCAAGCAGGUCGAGUUCUACUUCUCGGAUUCCAACCUCCCCAUGGACAAGUUCCUUCUGUCCAAGGUGGGAGGUAGUGCUAAUAAGCCCGUUCCCCUCUCCCUCCUCCACUCCUUCAAGCGCAUGCGCCGCUUCCAGCCAUUCAGCGCGAUUGUGGAGGCUCUCAAGUCCUCCGAUAUCUUGGAACUCACCGACAAUGACACUGCUGUGCGCCGGAAGGUCCCACUUCCGGAAUCGGUGAGCGACGCGCAUGAUCCGACCGUGGUCAAGGUCUUCGAAGACAAGGCCAUGAGCCGCAGCAUCUACGCAAAAGGCUUUGGACCCGAGGAGCCAAGCACCCAGUUCGACAUCGAGGCUUUCUUCGCUCCUUAUGGUCCCACAAAUGCCAUUCGCCUUCGCCGUGCCGCCGACAAGGUCUUCAAGGGCAGUGUCUUCGUCGAAUUUGAUUCGGAAGAAACGCAGAAGAAAUUUCUAGCCCUGGAUCCUAAGCCCAAGUGGAAGGGACAGGAUCUGUUGAUCAAGAGCAAGAAGGACUACUGCGAAGAAAAGGUCCGCGACAUCGAAGCAGGUCGCAUCAAGCCCAACCGUGGCCGCGGUGGCUACCGCGGAAGGGGUCGGGGUGGCCGCAGGGAUAACCGCGACUGGAAAGAACGUAAGUCGGAGGAUCGGAAGAGGGGCUUCGAUCGCAAGGACCGUAACGAUCGCAACGGUGUUCAUCGUGAGGACGCUCCUCGCCGUGAGGUCCAGAAGGAUUCUCGUGGCGUCCCAGUCGUCCAAAGCACUGUUGAUAAUAAAGAGACCCCCAAGGAAGCGGAUACCGUGGCGGGACAGAAGCGUGCCCGUGAAGAUGGCGAACCCAGCGCCAAUGGCGAUCAUCCUGCAAAGAAGGUUGCCGCUUAAAGAAUAAGCGGUGGAAUUCGGGUGCAUUAUUUUUUUUUUAACUUUAAGAUCAACUGGGCGG